AUGGCCAACACGCCGGCUCCUAAUCCAUCACAGUUGCCGGAGCGAAGCAAUCUAGCGGCUUAUGGGACUGAGCCACCUAUGCGCCUACAUUCAUCGUCGGAGAAUGCAUCUACCUCAAUUAUCGAAAAACAUGAGCAUGGAGGGCGAUUGCAACGUAACCGCACCCUCGAUGUUACGCCACGAGCACAAUGGCUGCCCAUAACGUUGAGAUUGCAAUACCUUUCCACAAUCAUUGUACUGACGAUUGUUAUCCUGGCGUUGGUGGUUGCACUUCACGUGAGCUCUAGCCUUCAUUCGGGACUGGGAGACGACAACGGGAGCAGCGGGAUCUUCUUCGUGUCGAGAUUCCUGCCCACUUUGGUCGCUGUGUGCUACGUAUUCUCACUCUCUGUCAUCUUGAAUGAUGUCAAGCGUACAGAGCCUUACGCACGUCUAUCCUCACCGCAUGGUGCACCUAUUUCCAACACACUAUUCUACUCGCCUCGUGCGUGGUGGAUAACUUUCUAUGAUAGCUUUCCCAGCAGACGACGAGGACAGGGCUUCAGUUCUACUAUGUUCUGCACUGCACUUUCAUUCAUACUUGGCAUUCUUAUAGUGUCGCCAUUCUCCUCGACGUUUCUAGUCGCUCAAGACGUCACUUUCUCCAGGGAUCGACCAUUUGAGCAGUUAUCCCUCUCAUCUGAGUUGCCAAUCCAAGCUGUUGCAUCGUCGACCACCUACUUCCGUACGAUCGGCAACAUCCUUCAGAACGUUACAACAUCAGCAUGGAUCACGGAAAAGUACGCCAUAUUGCCAUUCUGGCCUGCCACUCAGACCUCCAAAUCUUUGGGCGCUUUUCUCAGCUCCCAGAGUGAGAUUUGGAAUGCUGAAACCCUCGUCGUCAGUACUGAACUCGAAUGCGAGUCUUUGAAGUUGGAAGACGCAUCACUUCUCGACAUUCCGCCUAACACUCAGCCAGUAACGUCCUUUCGACUCACCAGUGAUUCGGGAUGCAUGUUAUCGAUGGCGGUGGACAAUAACACUGGCACUUCCUCUUUGUCAUAUUGGACUCUUCCCUCCAAUUUUGCGCCAGAUGAUGCCUUUUCAUCUAACUCCACGGGAUGUAUUGGUGAUGACGCGAUGUUGUUCUCAACCGCUCCAUUUUCUGGCAAUUAUAGCGUUGCUGAGCCUGAUCCAGACGUACAGGCUAUAGGGUUUCUCUGUUCCGCUGGGUACUAUUUCGCCAACGUCUCGGUAAGCGUCACUGUUGGACCAGACGAAUCGGUGGUCUCUGUCGACGAACAGGCUUACGUCCGCAACAAAAGACCAAUCCCUGACAGUUUCCUCGACAUUGCGGGCUUGCAGACUUUAUUCUUGAAUAAAACAUCCUGGCCACAGCGUCUGUUCGCUGGCAAAGAGAACAUGGAAAUUUUGGGCCCAGGGGCCCUUCUGUCUGCAAGCUACGAAUACUCUGCCGAAACCAUCCUGCAAGACCAAGAUCUCCGAUCAAGAAUCGCACAAGUGAAGCAACGAUUUCUAGGCGAGAUAUUCCGCGAUGUCUUUGACUCGGCAUUGGUCUCAGCUGAAUCUCAGCCCUCCCGUUCAGGCCAAGUUCUGUCAAAUAAUCGGAGAAUUGUUGUAGUACCGGUUGUUGCAAUAACUCUGGAGGUUGUUUUAUCACUCAACCUUGUUCUGCUUCUUAUUGCGCUUUUUGCCUCUCGUCUUCCAAGGAGGCCGCUCGAACUAUCGGCAGAUCCUACAAAGAGCAUUUCUGUUGCCAAUCUCGUGUGCAAAGAGCCCAGCACGAUGCAACAGCUGGGUGGAUCAGAUCCUGUCAAUCCCUUGGGUCUCCUACUCCACAUCCAGAACCUCUGGUGUCAGAUUGUGGACAACACAUUAUAUUUCUUUCCAUCAAAAGAUUUCAAUGCUGGAAGCGAUAAAAAGCUGAUUGAGAAACUGACAAAAAGGAACAGUCUCCCAUCUGUGCUCCAUCUACUACCCGUCAUCCUCUUAUUCGCAUCGCUGUUGGUCGUCGCUGCUGCUAUAGGUGUUCUUCUUGGCUUCUCUGAGACAGAGGGCCUGUACCAGACAGCAUUUGUUUAUCAGCUCGAUUUCAAUGUGGGAGGGAUGCAACUUGAUACCAUUAAUCCCGCUUCAAUUCUCACAACGUUUCUCGCGGUCUGCAUUGCCUUAUGGUGGGGCUCCGUGGAUUCUAGUAUGAGAAAGCUUCAGCCAUUUCUCGCCUUAGCAAAGGAGCCUGUGACGGGCGAGGACGGCGUGAGCCUGACCUAUGAGGCAUCUUACAUGUUGUGGGCGGCUUUCAGGGCCGUCAAGCGAAGGCACUGGCUGCUUGCACUAGUCUCAUGUGGAGCUUUCUAUGCAGAAAUAUUCACCAUCGCGAUGUCUGCGUUAUGGUCCAGAACGCACAGCAGUAGAAGCUAUGUAGCUGAGGUGCCUGUUUCUUUCGAAUCACGACAGAUACCUUUGCUUCUUGUGGGAACAAUCAACGAUGUCGAUUAUUUCUCUAGCUCAUUUGCUGGUGAGGUUCUGAGGGAGUCAUUUGCCAAUCAGACAACUUCCUGGAUGUAUGGUGCGAACAUCCAACUCUCUUUGAACGGAUCAGAACCUCCUUGGAGUUCGAGUGGCUGGAGUUUCGCUCCUGUCGACCUGACCGCCUUGCCUAUGAAAACGGUUCAAAACAUUGGCAACAGUUCGACAGAUGAUGAGAGCGGAGUUCCCUUGUCCUCUGCAACAUUUGCCAUACUCGACACGGUCGGAAUACAUGCUCGGCUAGAAUGUACGCCUUUUGACGCAUUCGAAAGCAGCGACAUAUGGACAACAAAGCAAAAUCUUACCGACAGUAGCUACUGGAACACGACCGUAAAUCCAGUUUCGCUUCAGACUGGCUACGAACUCGGGACUAUUGCCUGUUCCACCAAUAACACAAAUAUUGGUCUUGGAUAUUUGUGUGGGACUGCAGGAGGCCGAAAUGUCACCACUACAUUCUACGUACAACCACCACAGCUCUCAUGUUGCGAGAACCGAACAGAUGAUGGGUUCGGGCCGUCCUCUGUGGGUUACUGGUCGGCAAAUCGAGACGCAGGCGUCCUUUUCCCGAACAUUGGUCAACCAUAUCCUUUCAACCUUACCGUGAAGUGGAUCCAUGGAACGGCACAGGAGGGUUUCGUUAUGGCGAAUGCUUCGUCAGAGGCCAAACGGCUACUCUGGCACGAGCCACCUCAAUUGACUGCUAUUGAGUGCCGUCCCAUCAUCGAAACAGCCAAUGUCCGCGUUACUGUCGACAUAGCUACCAGCAGAGUACAGAACUAUACCCUUACUUCAGAUCCUGUUCCAGACACUGAUUCAUGGACUGAUCUAUUCUCGAUUCACAAUCCAGAGGAAGCGGUACCUGGGUUAAGUACUGAACGACCAAUCAAUGUCACCAUUAGUCAUGGAGCCUACUAUCUUGCCUCUCUGAUCGGAGCGAGCGACAUUGCCGCGCUCACGGCCACGCCAAGGUCAGGAUAUCCCAGAACUCAGUACAUGCACGAUCAAACCUUCAACAUCCGUAACCCCGGACUCAAUCUGGAUUACAUGUCUUACAGUAUGCUGUCUCUCGUCGACUUUGACACAGUGGCACUUCUAGACCCAGCCACCCUCGAAAGAACGGCGCAGCAGACAUUCUCCACUUUUUUUCAGCACUUCGCAAGUAGCUCUGUAUCGACUACUUCGGGUGGAUGGGCAUUCCAGAAACUGGAUGAGCGGCUGCCCUCGGAUCUGCAAGACGUGGAUUCACCCUCUUGGACGGAGCCUCCUGCCUCUCCACGUGCCGGCGAGAUGGUCAGCGUGGAGGUCGUCCAGCCGAUUGAGAUUCUUCAAAUGUCGAGAGCUGCCGCUGCUAUUGCGCUUGCUGUCUUACUUUGGUUGAUGAUAUCAAGCAUAGCUCUUGCAUUCGCGAGUCCCGGCUACAAAGCGAGGCUAAGAUGGCGCGUUGAUACCAUUGCUGACGUGCUAGUCAUGUUUACUGGCAGCGACCGACUAAUGGCAAUGUUGAACGACCAGGGCCCGGAAGCAAUGAAUUACAACCCGGAUACCGCAGCGAUACUAGCAGAUUUCAAAACGAAAGAUGGCACUGCCCGGUGGGGCAUUGAGCUAGCCAAUGGUGAGACCGUCGACGCGGGCACAGGAGAACCUUCUGCAGAAAGCACGACUACAGUGGCUACGAAUAACGACCCCUUGACUUCAGACGAUCAGCAAGAGACUUAUGGUUCAGGACCUACAUCGGAUACUCCUCAAUCAUCUUAUUCCAUUCCUCGCAAGCCAUUGCCACAGUUGACCUUACGGACAAGGGAACAAGGUUAUUCGCGAAUCCAGCAGUCUCAAAUCUCACCAACCGACCAUGCCCUAUCAUCAGAUCCCAUGCAACGGACACAGGAUGGAGGACGGUCUCAGCGAUCGACGACAGGCUAUGGCCAACUUGAGCAAGAGAGUCCCGUAUCUCCGAUCCAUGACGGUCGUCAAACGUUCGAUUGA